GCUGCACUGAAGGAAAGAAGUGAAAGAAGCUAUGGGCUCCAGAGCGUCAACGCUGCUCAGGGAUGAGGAGAUAGAAGAGAUUAAGAAGGAGACGGGCUUUUCUCACAGCCAGAUAACUCGACUGUACAGUCGCUUCACAAGUCUGGAUAAAGGAGAGAACGGGACUCUGAGAGAGGACCAGGUGAAUUUCCGAGGCUUCAUGAGGACUUUGGCACACUUCCGCCCCGUUGAAGAUAAUUCGAAAGAUGCAAAGAGCCAAGAGCCACUGAACAGCAGAAGCAAUAAAUUGUUAUUUGCAUUCCGUCUCUAUGACUUGGACAAAGAUGACAAGAUCUCCAGGGAUGAGCUAUUACAGGUCCUACGUAUGAUGGUGGGUGUGAACAUAUCUGACGAGCAACUGGGUAGCAUUGCUGACCGUACUAUUCAGGAAGCUGACCAAGAUGGAGACAGUUCCAUAUCAUUCACUGAGUUUGUUAAGGUUUUAGAAAAGGUUGAUGUCGAACAGAAAAUGAGCAUCCGUUUCCUACACUGAGCAGACAUAAUACAUGUCGAAUAUCAGGAAUAAGCUCUUUGAUCCAGCAGCAGGUCCAUCAUGAACUUGAAACUUCUGCCCAGUAAAACCACACUACGGGAGUUAUUUACUAAAAUCUGAAUGCAAAAAUCACAAACAAUUAGUGUGUGUGUGUGUGUGUGUGUGUAUUUUUCGGAAUUUAUUAAACACAGAGGAUGGAAAAAGUCCAUAUCUGAAAAUCCGGCAUCUCAGACCUGUCGAGGUUGCAUAUAAGUCAAUGGGAGGAGUCCCAAUGAUUUUUUGAUGUGCUCUGGGUUUUCUUGCAAUACCCCGAAGUUUUCGGGUGAAAAUUCCAAAAAAAUUGUGAAAAUCAGUUUUGUUUUGUUUUUCCCCCGCAAAGCAAAUUUUCAGGAAAAUGUAAUAAGCGUAAAAACACGAGAGGAUUUGAUCGGAGUUUGUAGCAGAAAAUAUUGAGAUAAAUUCGGACUUUGAUAAAUAACCCCCUACUUGUUUGUAGAGAGAGGAGAAGCACAGUGGAAUUAAAGAGAGCAGUGCUGCUGUCAUACAACUACUAUAUUUAUAUAUUUCAUGCUUUUUUUUUGUCUUCAGUGCAACAUUCUUAAUCUCAGAGACCAUGAACAUUAAUAGCAUUGACUGCAGCAUUGUAUUCAGUGCGUAUAGAAUAAGACAGGGAUGUCUUACUUAUAGCCUAUGGCUGUCAGUGAUGGUGUGAGUUCUAGUUUAGCAUCUGGGUUCCCCACAGGUUAGACCUAAUCACAGUGGCCUUGUUCAUAGGCCUUUGCAUUAUGGAUAUCUUGCUUAAAUGCACCAAGAGCCUUUUAAACAAUGUAACGAAUAUAAGAAAAUUCUAUGCCAUCAUUUUCGGAAUCUGCCUGAUUUGGGCAGUAAGUUGUUUUUUGUUUUUUUUUUUUAUUUAAAUGGGGAUAUUCAGAUAAUCCAUGUAAAGUGUUUCUGUAAAAUAGCUUGUCUAAAUUAAAAACAAAUGUAAUUGUUUUAAGCAGAGUUGACCACAUUAUUUAAAAUAAUAAUUAUAACAAAAAUACAAUAAAUGACAAUUCUGGACCAAA